AUGGUCUAUCAUAAUAACUCUUUGAACGAUAAUAAUGUAUUUUAUGAGGAAGAAGAAGCUCGAGAAUGGAAACAGCUGCGUUCGCAACAAAGGAAUGAUGAGUACGCCACAUCUCCUUUUAGAAGAAUGCCUGAUGAAGUAUGGUUGAUUCCACCAAUUAUCGAUGUAAAACUAGUUUUAGGUGAUAGAAAGAUCAAUAUGUCACGUAUUGAAGAGUCAACAAAUACACACAUGAGUUAUAAUGAUACUGAAGGGCAAAUUGAAAUGUGGGGAACGCGUCGUGAUCUCGAUAAAGCUCUUAUGCAAUGGAAUACGAUCGCCAUGAAUAUUCACGAUGAUCAAAUUAAAUACAGGAGUGCAAGAAAAGUUAAAAUUUGGGCUAGACCAGAAAAAGCCCUUACAGAAAAACAAGUUAAAAAAUUACAACGUAGAGAAGCAAGAGAAAAGGAAGGACAAAAUCUUAAAUGUUUUCCUAAGAUCGACUUUCCCUUUUCUUCUCAUUUUUAUUUUCCAGAUCACGAAAUUCCAAUUUCACGAAUCAUUGGUGAAAAAGACGAAUUUUUGGAUCCAAUUCGCAUGCAAACCAAAUUUAUUGGUGAUGAUGAGGAUGGUGUUUAUGAAGCAAUUUCACGCGUUAAAAAUCUUUACCUUAAAGUUUUCUUUGCUCGUAGCAUUCCAAUAAAGAGAGGCUGGGUUUAUCAUAUGAUUGAACAACCUCGAAUGCUUUACGAAGUUAGAAUUAUAGAUCCGCCUCGUUGGAUCAUACCACCUUAUGAUAUAGUUGAAAACCUCAAAAGAAUUGAAGAAGCUCUAUUGAGAGCUUUACAAACUGUUUAUUUGUUCGAUGAAGAAAUAAAACUGCAUUUGGUCAAAUAUGCCUUACCUAUUUUUCCUAAAGAUAUGUCAUUAUGGUCAAUCGAUAGGUUGAAUAACUUAGUCUUGAAGGAUACUCGUUUGCAAUCAAAGUUUGCUACAUGUCUUGCUACGAAUUUUAAUCAACUCAAAAAAUUAGAAGAAUAUUUUUCUAGUAAUCAAGUAUGGGAUGAGUCAUGCUCUCAUGACGUAUCAUUUAGGAACGGCAAAAUAGGAUUAUGGAAUGCGGUUGCUGAUGAAAAAAACUCCACAAAAUCAUUGAUUUAUACAAAUACUGAAGAUGUUAUUGAUACCUCAGUUUGUGAAAAGCAUAAAGAGAAAUUUUUAUGGAAAGAGCAUUUUAUAAUUGAGAUUACAAGAUAUGAAUAUUGGAACUUGGAAAUUCCUUUACAACGUGAACCAUCAGAAAAUGUGUCAUUUGGAGUUACGUUAUAUAAGAAAUCAUGGGACGAUGAUUUCUCUGCAAACGGCAAUUUAAACUCAGGUGAGGUGCCUGAAUGGUAUCCUGAUGAUAUGUCGAAUGGCGUUAAGCAAAUGUUGAAUGAUAUAAAUGAAUUCUUGAAAAUUUUGCAAAAUUCCCAAU